AUGUCCACUCUUCGACUCCUCUACCUCUUCGCAUUCUUUUUCAUUUCUAUUUCUCAAAUCACCGGACAAGACUUGCAUUCUUGCCAGAGCAGCUUGUAUCACAAGUUGUGCCGUUCAGGUAUCAGAAGAUUCUCGAAAAACGUACAAAAUCUAAAAUCACGUUUUCAGCAUUGCGCAACGGGAUACUGUGAGAAGAGAGGAAAUCGGCCAACUUGUGUCUGUAGCAGAUGCGACAAAGGUGGAAACAUUCCAUUUGGAUCCAUUCUCGAUGCGGCUGGAAAAUUUAUCCAGGGAUAA